CACUUUAACAUAUCCACCUUACAACAAGUUUGUUCACCUUGAAGCAAAUCAUUUACAAAUUGUUGAAAAUUUUCAAUAAUUUAUACACACUUCAAUCCUCAGCUUCUAAUAAUGGCCGCCUCAAUUGCCCCCGAAUGCAACGACAUCAAAGAGAGAUAUGAUACCUGCUUUCUGAAGUGGUAUAGUGAGAAAUAUCUUCGAGGCAACACUUCAUCAAAUGACUGCGAGGAACUGUUUAAAAAGUACAAAACAUGCCUACAUAAAUCUCUCAAAGAGAAAGGCAUCGACACAAUGCUCGAUGAUGCUCGCAAGAGCAGCAGUGAGACCGAUGCCGAGUUUCUCAAAAAAUCAUGAGGCCUAGCUGUUCUCUACCUGGCAUUCCUUUUCAUCUCCCCUCUAUGCAUUUUCUUUGAUCACUUCUCGAUUAUUUCCCGAUGGCGAGGACAAUGUUUAAUAACUCAGGCGCAAACGGCAACAGGUGCAUGUUAUAUAUAGGCAAGCGUGAUCUCUCUUCUCUGCAUACCGUCAAAACUAGAUGUAUC